CUCAACAGUACUUAUUUCUUCACAUUUUCAUUUACAUUUGUAGUAGUUUUUCAUCAUCAACCCAAAAACAGAAAAAGAUGGUUGAUAUUGAGGGUUCACCUGGAAGUUCAAUGCAUGGAGUAACAGGCAGGGAACAAACCUAUGCAUUCGCCGUGGCGUCGGGAACUGUUCCGACCGAUCCCACGGCGAAUUUCGCACUUCCGGUUGAUUCGGAACACAAAGCCACAGUUUUCAAGCUCUUUUCCUUCGCAAAACCCCACAUGAGAACCUUCCACCUCUCAUGGAUUUCUUUCUUCACUUGUUUCGUUUCCACUUUCGCGGCCGCCCCGUUGGUCCCGAUCAUCCGGGACAACCUGAAUCUAACCAAACAGGAUAUCGGGAACGCCGGGGUGGCGUCCGUGUCCGGAAGUAUCCUCUCCAGGCUCUGUAUGGGUGCCGUUUGCGACCUUCUCGGCCCGAGAUACGGCUGCGCGUUCCUCAUCAUGCUUUCUGCUCCUACCGUGUUUUGCAUGCCGUUUGUAUCCUCCGCCGGAGGGUACAUCGCCGUGCGUUUCAUGAUCGGGUUUUCGCUCGCGACGUUCGUGUCGUGUCAGUACUGGAUGAGCACCAUGUUUAACAGCAAAAUCAUUGGUUUGGUGAACGGAACCGCGGCCGGUUGGGGUAAUAUGGGAGGCGGUGCAACUCAGCUGAUUAUGCCUCUUCUGUAUGACCUAAUUAGGAAAGCUGGAUCGACUCCGUUUACUGCCUGGAGGAUUGCUUUCUUUAUUCCUGGUUGGUGUCAUGUUAUUAUGGGAAUCUUGGUUUUAACUCUUGGCCAAGAUUUGCCUGAUGGAAACCUUGGUGCACUCCAGAAGAAAGGAAAUGUUAGCAAAGAUCAAUUCUCCAAGGUGCUAUGGUAUGCAAUCACAAACUACAGAACCUGGAUCUUUGUUCUUCUGUAUGGUUACUCCAUGGGAGUAGAGCUAACAACCGACAAUGUCAUUGCUGAAUAUUUCUAUGACAGAUUUGAUCUAAAGCUCCGAACGGCCGGCACAAUUGCGGCGUGCUUUGGUAUGGCCAACUUUGUGGCCAGACCAUUCGGCGGUUUCGCUUCCGACUACGCAGCGAGAAAGUUCGGAAUGAGGGGAAGACUUUGGGUACUAUGGACUCUACAAACCUUAGGAGGCGUUUUCUGCAUCCUAUUAGGCCGAUCAAACUCACUCCCGAUCGCGGUCGCAUUCAUGAUCCUCUUCUCGGUCGGAGCUCAGGCCGCCUGCGGCGCCACAUUCGGCAUAAUCCCGUUCAUUUCGAGGAGAUCAUUGGGUAUCAUUUCCGGGAUGACCGGAGCCGGUGGAAAUUUCGGGUCCGGAUUAACACAGCUCGUGUUUUUCGCGAGCUCGAGAUUUUCCACCGCCACGGGGUUAUCUUACAUGGGCGUCAUGAUCGUCGCCUGUACACUCCCUGUGACACUGGUUUAUUUCCCGCAGUGGGGCGGGAUGUUUCUUCCUGCAUCAAAAGAUGUUAACAAGAGUACUGAAGAACAUUAUUAUGUUUCUGAGUGGAAUGAGGAAGAAAGGAAGAAAGGGAUGCAUCAAAGUAGCCUGAAAUUCGCCGAGAAUAGUCGAUCGGAACGUGGGAGGCGUGUCGCUCCGGCGCCAACAACGCCAAAUGCAACACCCAACCAUGUUUAGAAAAUUAUGAAGUCAAACUAUAUAAUUUAUAUGAUUUUGCUGAGAAAUCUACGUAACACCUAUAAUAUAUAUUGUACUAGUUGGAGAAAAAACAAGGAAGAAUCUGUUUCUGGGAUUCUGUGUUAGAGAAUCUAUCCUUUUUAAAGCUUCGGUUUCUUAAUUUGGGUGCAAAACUUGCUAGCUAUGUCCCGAUAAAGAUACCAGGCAAAACGAAGAAAACUGCACACAAUAAGAAUCUUAUGGUGAUGUUUGAAGAAAAGUGUCUUGUAUAUCAUUGGAUAUAUCAGAAUUUCUGUGAAUGUAUAAAUGAUUGUAACUUUUGGAACCAUUAGUUGCCAACAGAAUUCCCCUAAAUUUGAC